CAGCGAAUCCACACUGGCUUAGUUGUCUUUCAUCAUUUCUUGCAGUGGCAUCAUCGAUAUUCUCAACGAUAUCAAAAAGUCGCCCUCCAGUGUGAAGCGAUGACAUGGCCACCGACGAAAACAUGACUGAUGUGGUAUCGAGUGGCCCAAGCACGAGUGUCUUCGGACCGUCACUCGACGAAGCACAGAAAGACGAGAGAGUGACGCAAGACACCGGGAUGUCUGAAGUGACUCAGGCGGGCCUACGAACAAAUCCGAUAUCCAACCGAGUGACUUCCUGUGAUCUCUCGCCUUCGCCGCGUCAAGGUUUUCCGACCGUGAGAGCAAAGACACCUUGUACCGAAGACAAUGCAAAGGAAGGAGCGCAGUCACAACAUCCCAAACAGAAACCUGUUGAUGAUGAACAUUCCGAACACCACACUUUCAGCCAAGGCGAAUUCAAAGUUCCGUCGAUCACAUCGACCGUCACCAUUCGUGCUCAAACACCUCAAUCCAACUCCCAGGAUGGCGCAAAGUCAAGGAAAACUCCUACUACCCCGAGCUCUCGAGAGGGCGAGUUCCACACCCCUCGAAGCACAAGCAGCAAGAACAAAACAGGUCCAGCCUCAAACAAACCGCCAUCUGCGGAAGACGAUGACCUUAUCUUUGUGGGCUCAUCUCAAAAGAGCUCCCCUGCAAAAACACCUGUGCGACCGGCGAGUGCUAUGAGUGCACGUUUCGGAACAGGUAUGCCUUCCCGAAGGAGCUCUCAAUCGGUCUUGCAAGAUGAAGCGCUUCGUACUCCAAGCAAGGUUCCUAUGAAACGACCCGCUUCUGCACAGCUUGAAUCUGAGACCAGCAAGAAGCAGAAGGCUCCGGUGAGCGAAGAUGCGAUGCGCACAAUCCCGAACACGGUUGAAAGAAAAAAGUCCCUCCAAGCCCAGGUGAGCAGAGAUCGUGCUUAUAGUGGCACCGCAGAACGAAACCCAUCCGCAGGAGAGGACAAUUACGAGUACGAGGAAGAUGAGGAGGCGACUAUGCUCGUCUCGGUGCCCAGAAAUUUCGCAAAAGCUGCACAUCGCCAAAACGAAAAGCAAAAACAGCGCGUGCAUGCAAUGGCCGCAGAGAUCCAGCGUCUCAACGAAACGAUUCAAAAGAAGGAUGGAAGUAUCGAAGAGAAGAACGAAGACGUCGCUGAACUGGAGGCACGAGCACAUAGGGCGGAACACGAUUGCAUGGCUAUGGGCACUCGACUCGCACAAUACAGGGAGAUUGAUGCAGCUUUCUACGACAGAUUCGAGAAAAAUUGGGAGACCAGGACAAGAGCGCAUCUCGAAGCUAGGAAUGCCAAAGAGAUGAAGAGGAUGGAAGAGCGCCUUGAUCGAGAGGGCGAAAGGUUACAAGCCAGAGCGGAGAGAACAUUGAAAGAAGCUCGUGAGAUCAGAGAAAAGAGCAAGGAAAUGGUGAGAGACAUGAAAGCCAAGUGCGAUGCCAGAGUGAAAGACUCGAAACCACAACUCAAUCAGAUCAUCAAUAAAAAGGACAGGGACCUACAAGAGGAACUGGAGAAGAGAACGAAGUUGGAAGAGCUAGCCAACGGCCUGUACAAUUCGCGCCAGCAAUACAAACUGGAGAAGCGAGACCUUGAGAAGGAGCUUUUUGUAAUGAGAGAGAAACGCCAAGAGAUCGAAGCUGAGAACCGAGACUUGAAGCGAACUCUAGCCACAUCGAAACAAAAUCUCACCGCAACAAAUGAGGUUGUCGGCCUCCAACUGAUCAAAACACACAAUGCAGAAACCGAGAUAGCGGAGUUGAAGAAAUUGCUCAAGGCUGUCAACACUGAGCUGGACGAUUUGCGAACUGAGCACGAAGAAGCUAUUGAGCAGUCGGACCGCCUCCAAGACGAAUUAGACGAACUCAAGGAAGAACUUCGCUCUCACAAGGAAAUUGCCAAAGAGGGGCCUGAUUCAUCUCUGCACGACUCUAACAAAGACCUUUCUGCAUCUCACCCCGUCGCCAACGAGAAGCUUCCUGCACCUCUUCCCAUCGUAAACAAGGAGCCCUUACCAUCCCUAUCGAACGUCAACAGAUUCCCACACUAUCGGUCGGCCAGCAAUACCGAUCAAGAUGCUGCCACGGCCCAGGAACCUUUAGCCAAGGAACCUAUUAUUGAAUAUCGCAUCCCAGAAAUCGAAGCUCGAAAGCAAUUGAACGAGGAAGGGCAAGACGCAAUGAGAGCAGGUUCUCCCAAGGCUGAUUGACGGUUGUAAUCACUUCUCUCAGAAUGACAAUUGGUCGCAUUGUUUCAUUAGUUUUGAAAUCAUUCUCCCAUUUGCCCAAAUUGUCAGGAAGCCUCAUCCUCAUCGACUUUCCUUUUCUCAGCGCCGACUGCGUAUUCCGAGAAAAGCAGAUAGUGUCCCGCAGAAGAACAAAACAGUACUCUAUGCAGUGCACAUUACUGUAAUGAAAGAGAGUGCAUCACUAUCUUCUUGGAAGUAAAACAGAACGAGACCGAUCAGAAUCGCAUCUGGAAGGACAGGCGAGCGGAAUGUGUUGAAUCGAUUUUCUGUACUAACGAUUACAAACUUGAGAAGAAAAUGGAACCUUUUAUUUAAGU